GGGCACAAAAACAAAAGCAGACAGAGGAAAGGUCACAGAUUAUCUCUCUCUCUCUCUCUCAAAUAAAAAAAAAAAAAUAUCAAAAUUCAGAUCCCAAAUCACCACCCACCUUCUUGCUCUUCUUCUUCAUCAACAUGAUCACCCUCCAUUAAUCUUUUCAUAAUUCCACAUCUGUCCCUCUCUCCAGAUCCUCCACAAGACCAAUUCACAGAGAGAGAGACCAAAGACGCCAUGAGCGACUUCUCGGGCCUCCUGAGCUCCGAUUACGGCUUCAAGCCCUCCGGCAAAUCGGCCCCAAUGUCGUCUUCUUCUUCUUCCUCUUCAAAGCCUCCGCCUUUCGAUCUCGGAUCCUCCAGAUCAACUCGGACCUCCAAUUCCUUCAACGGCUCCUUCUCCGACGAUCGCGACCCGAUCUUCGGACCCCCGAAAGCCCAAGACUUCGACAACAUCUUCAGCGGCGGCUCCGCCAGGUUCUCCGCCAAUUCGGAAGCUUUCAACUUGGAUUCCAUUUACGGCGGGCCCAGUGAUUCCGGUUCGUCCAAGGUGCCCGAUUCCGGCCCGGUUUUCGAUAAGCCGGUGUAUGACGACGACAUUUUCGACGGCGUCGCGGGGCUGAAGAGCUCUGCUACCAACGACAUUUUCUCGUCGGUGACGUCGCCGCCGCGGCGCGGGAGUAGUAGUGGGAUUGAUGACCUUCUCGGAGGGUUUGGGAAGGCUGAGCCGGCCUCGUCGAAAAGCUCUAGCUCGCAGAGAGCUGAGAAGGGUGCGCCGGGAGCUUUCGAUGACUUGUUACCUGGGUUUGGAGGUAGAAGCAGCCCCCCAACUGAAAGGUCAAACUCAGAAGCCAACUGGCCCCCAGAGACAACUGCCAAUGUGGGUAAAACAACAACUUCCAAGGUGAUUGAAGAUCCUUUUGGAGUAGCAGGACAGUUUAAUGACCCAUUGGAGGAAAUAGGUAAACUUUCUAAUUCAGGAAGGUUGAAGGCUGAUAACUUGUCUCCUGAUAACGGGCGAGCAUUUGAUAAUAUAGAUCCCUUUGAUGCCCUUGGGAAGUCAGUCCCUGCAUUUUCUUCAGGGAGGAGUUUCAGGGGAAAUGAUAGUGGUAAUUUAAGGGCAGAUACAACCACAAAUAAUGGCAGAGGUUCAACUGGUAAGGAAUCAACCAAUUCUUCUUUGAGAAGUUCAGAAAACCAGUCUCAGAGGAAGGUUCCUGUUGGAAAUCAGUGGGAUUCUCAUCAGACCUUGUUUGACAUGCCUUCAGUUUCAACUGAUUCUCACAAAUAUGCUGAUCAAACCAUGUCUCCACCUUCGUAUGUAAACGCCAAGGAAGCAAAUGUACAUGUGGAUAGGUCUUCAAGAUCUGAAGAAAACUUGGAUUCAUUCGAUAAUAUAUGGCUUACAGUAUCAGAGAUCCCUCUAAUGACUCAGCCUACUAGUGCUCCACCACCUUCAAGACCACCUCCUCCAAGACCUGUGCAGGUUUCAAAGUCAAGAAUGAGUUCUCCUUCUUCUACGAAUUCAAGAAAGAAGGCUAGUGAAUCCUCUACUGAUUUCUUUCAGGCUCACAAAUCAGACCCUGCUGCAGCUAGGAGCUCUGGUGUUUCUUCCGUUGACAAUCUUGACGAUUUUGCCACGGGAAAGAGUCAUAGUAACUUUGAUGAACAUGCAAAUGGUCUUUCAGGUGAAGAAUUAGAGCGCAACUCAGUUACUGAUGCCGUUAAGGACGCUAUGGAUAGAGCUGAGUUUAAAUUGAGGCAGGCAAAGUCUGCCAGAAGUAAAGAAGCACAGGAGAAGGAAAAAGAACGGCUGCAGAGGGGGAGCGAAGAGGAAGAUAUGGAACAGAGGAGACAGGAGAAAGAGAGGGAGACUGAGAGGGUUUGGGAAGACAAAGAAAGAGAGCAAAGGAAACUUGAGAAGGAAAGGGAGAGAGCCAGGGAGAUGGAGGAGAAGAACAGACAAGCUGUGGAAAGGGCUACUAGGGAAGCACGCGAGAGAGCAGCAGCUGAAGCUCGCAUAAGGGCUGAAAGGGCUAAAGCAGAGAGAGCUGCUGUUGACAGGGCAAAUGCUGAAGCUAGAGCACGUGCUGAAAGGGCUGCGGUUCAGAGAGCUCAAUCUGAAGCUCGAGAAAGGGCUGCAGCAGAAGCAAAACUAAGAGCAGAAAAGGCUGCUGCAGAUGCCAGAGAAAGAGCAAAUGCAGAAGCUAGAGAAAGAGCAACUGCAGAAUCUAAGGAGAGGGAAGCAAGGGAGAGAGCUGCAGCAAGGUCAGAAGCUGAAGCGCGAACAAGAUCGGAGCGUGUUGCGGUGGAAAGGGCUGCUGCAGAGGCUCGAGAAAGGGCUAAUGCUGCUGCGAGGGCGAACCAACAAAGGAAUGAAAAUGAUCUUGAAAACUUUUUCAACAUGGGUCGGGCUAGCAGUGCUCCACGACCCAGGAAUAACUCAACAGAUCCUUUUGAUGCCCAUUUUCAGAACAGGCAAGAGCCUGAAGUGCCGAAGACAUCAACAUCCUCAAACAUAAAGAAAGCAUCUUCAGCCACCAAUAUUGUUGACGAUCUCUCAUCAAUUUUUGGAGCUGCUCCAUCAUCUAAUGAGUUCCAAGAAGUUGAAGGAGAAAGUGAAGAAAGGCGAAGAGCCAGGUUGGAACGCCAUCAAAGGACCAAGGAGCGUACGGUGAAAGCACUUGCGGAAAAGAACGAGCGAGACCUUCAAGUCCAAAGAGAACAAGCUGAGAGACAUAGAAUUGCUGAAACACUAGAUGUUGAGAUUAAGCGCUGGGCUGCAGGAAAAGAAGGGAAUUUGCGUGCUCUGCUAUCAACUAUGCAAUAUGUACUGUGGCCUGAAUGUGGUUGGCAGCCAGUUUCCUUGACUGAUAUGAUUAAUGCUGCCCAAGUGAAGAAAGUAUAUAGGAAGGCAACCUUGUGUAUUCAUCCUGAUAAGGUACAGCAGAAAGGUGCCAAUCUUCAACAGAAGUAUGUAGCCGAGAAGGUGUUCGACCUUCUUAAGGAAGCUUGGAACAAGUUCAAUUCAGAGGAGCUAUUUUGAAUUCCUUCAAUGAUUCUUCCACUUCAAGCUACUCCAUUUGGCAAUCAUAUCAUUUGUCGUAGAAGAAGAAAAGUUCUGCUCGCUUUCUAGAAGAAGGGCUUUGUUUCGGUCAUGGUGAUGGUAGAAUUUUUGGUUAAUGUGGAAUAUACCGAGAGAGGUUUCCAUUUGCCAUCCAAAGAUGCCUGGAGGAGGGUAUUGUCUUAUAUUUCCCUUUUUUCUUCCCCUUGUUCUUUCUCUUUUUUCCUCUGGUAAUUGUUUGUUUAGGGGAGUAAAUCCAGGGUUUAUAGGAGUUUGAAAAGAUGGCUUUUGAAAAAUAGAAAAAAGCUAGUUGAUGUAGCAUACCAUAUUAUGGUAUCACAAUCAACUUUUGUUCAGUGAUUCACCCAGUUAAUAUAGCCCAGGCAGAUUUUGCCCUGAUUUUCAUAUUUGUUUGUGAUAUAGAACAUUCUGUUGAAUAUGUAUACACCAUUAUUUGUAUUGAUAUCAAAACAUUAAUAUAUCAGUGAUGAUUGAGCUCUGAAGUUUAAUGCUUAAUCUGCUUUUUAUACUGUUUCUGUAAUAGAUCCAACUCUCAAGUAACAGCCAAUUU